AUGACAACAUCAUUCAAGUUCCAUGCAUUGCAUUUCUACCUGACUGAUGCCAUUCAGAUUCUUAGAGAAAGACAAGAGACAUGUAAGGAAACCUUUCACAGAACCAACAAGAAGUUUGAUCUGAGUGUUCUCAACCACGAGAUCCGUUUCGGCACCUUCACCACAAGCUCUUUCAGAUCCGACUUAACCAACUUUGGGAAUGUGUCUUGCUUUGAGAUCCACACUUGCUUUGGCGCUGAGAUAACUUCUUACUCAGCCUUUCCUGAAGAGAGAGAAGUUUUAAUUCCGCCAUAUGAGAUUUUUGAAGUCACCAAAAUCCAGACAAAGUCACCAGUGAAUAACCUGUUGUGUGAAGUCAUCUACACACUAAAGAGCAAGGGAGUAGACAGUGAUCUGAAUUGCAAAUUGAUUUUGAGUGGAGGAGAAUCAAACAUCAUCAGAGCAUCAGAUACAGGCUACAUAAUACUCUAUAUUUUGUUGAUAACUACUGUAUAUUACCCCAGCUUCACACUGUAG